AGCAGUUGUGCCACAGGAAUAAUAAUACCGGUACUGCAACAUGACCACAGUUAAUCAGAACUUGGGAGAAAGUCAAGUUCCAACUGAACGAAGCAUACCAGGAGCUAAAUAUGCCAAGAUAUAUAGAUCACUUGGGAUUUCCCAGUUAAUUCUUGGAACUUUGUCUGUCUUCUUUGCAAUUGCAGCUCUUUUAAUCAACAGCACUGCUAGUUCCUACAUGGUUGAAGUUGGGAGCGGGAUCUGGUGCGGGUUCUUUUUUCUCCUUGCCGGUGGGAUCAGCAUGCACGCUGCUACUAAGCCUUACAGUUGUAAAAUAAUAGCUGGGAUGGUGUUGUGUAUAUUUGCUGCUUUAUUUGCAAGCGUUCUCACCAUAAUAUCUAUUGUUUAUGCUCUGCAGUACGACACCCAAUAUAUGUACUAUAAUAAUUAUAGCAGCAGCGGUAAAAAUGAAGCGGCAGUUGCAUUCCAUGCAUUGCUAGCCAUCACGGGCUUCAUUGAACUAGUUCUUUCAAUCGUCCACUCAGCCUUCUUUUGUGUAGCGUCAUGUUGUGCAAGUUGUUCAAAGAAUACUUCUAACAACCACAACCAGGUGAUGAUGGUACAUGUGCCUAAUACUGGACAAACUAUGUAUUUACAACAACCUAUUGCUUAUGCAGCUUACCCCCCAGUGCAAGGCCAGUACCCUGCAUAUACAUACACAGCAGUUAACCAAUCAAUGCAAUCUGUGCCCAUAACUGCCACUGCUCCUGCUCCUGCUCCUGCUCCUGCUCCUGCUCCUGCUCCUGCUCUUGCUCCUAAUCAGAGCGUUGUUACAUCUGCACCACCUCCGGCAUAUGAGACACUUCAGAAUCCAGCGAAAAUUUGAAGGUUUUAAACUGUAAAGUGAAAAAAUUGCAUAUGCUGAAGCAUUCAUUUUACCAUAUCUGUAAAACUUACACAAUUGUAAUCGUGUGAAACGUAAUUUACAAACACCAAACCUAAAUCAAAGUUAGUUAGAAGUAUUUGAAAUUUAGUAUGUAUGUAUCUGCGUUAAUGUACAGUGUUUGCAGUUUGCGCAUGCCUUUUAUAUGCACUUCAUACAUAUUGGUACGUAUAUUUUACACCUAUCAACAAUUUUUUUCCCCAAAAACGAUAACCUUAAAUUUCAUUUUGGGCAUUAUAAUGUUUUGCUAUAAAAUACAAUCAAAAAUAUUCCAAAAUGCAUUACUUUUGUGUUUAGCUAAUUAUUUUUUAAUCAUUUCUGCCUUGUACGUUUGUUGUGCUUGCAAUAAUAAUGAGCGUUUAAUUUUAUUUGUGAUAUAUUCGCUACCGCAGUUUUUUGUACCAUAAAAGUUAGGUGCACUAAAUUCCAUUACAAUUUUUUUACUUACUUUUGUAAUUGUGUGAAAUCAAACUGCAGAUAAUUUUUCACUUGAGUGUUGUUUCCUCAUUAGUGCUUUUAUAUCAACAUAGUCAACCAACAAUUUAAAGUUUAUUCUCAUAUUUCUUUCACCAACCAUAAUAUAAUAUAGACCUUCUGACAUCUACGUAUAAUUUUAUUCCAGCGUUUUAUCUUCCAUUUACCAAGACGUUAUAAGGAUUUGACCAUUUGGCCAAAUCCAGUAUUUUACUGCAAGAUCCUCAAGGCUAUAUAAAAUUGAAUAUUAAACAAUAUGUUUUCUACCCCAGACAGUGGUGUUUAAAUAUUGUUUGAAAUUUUAAAUCUCACAACUUUAUGCACCAUAUCCCACAAUUUGACCAAAAUGUUGUGACUGACCUUGCAUGUUACCAUUACCUUAAACCUAAAAUCUCAAAGAACAGCAUAACAAUUUAUUGUGUUUUGGUUUUUGUUUUAUGAUCUUCCCUUUGUGUUUACCAAGUUACCUUUGGCUAAAAAAUUGGUUUAAAAGUGUUUAUGUAUGUUUGAUUGUUUGCAAUGUAAUGUUAACAUUGCUGCCAAAUGUACAGUAACCUAAACUUUGCUUUUAAAA